UGAAAUUGGAAUGUGUAUUUAAUAGUAUAAACCAAUUGUUAUUAUGUAAUAAUAAGUAAUGCAUAUAUUCGUAUAUCGUAUAAAGUUAAUGUUCAUAUCCAUUGUCCAUGUAGUUUAAAAAGAUCCAUUUUUUACGAUAUUAUAAAUCUAUAUUAUAUUCGUGAUCCUUUAUAAAUAAAUUGUGAACAUUUUAAAAUUAAGUAAAAAAUUUACAAAUAAAACAAUGUAGGUCGUCGAAUAAUGGAAGGGGAAGUAUAAUUAUCGGUCAAAGAGUUGAGGGUUAUCGUUUCUAGUUUGUAAAAAAGUGGCAGUACGGUAUUCAACAGUCAAAAUUACCCUCAUUCUUCGUUCGUAAGCUCACCUUGGUUAUACUAUUUUCAAAGUGAUAUAAUUUAUCAACAAAAGUGCGGCAAUAUAGUUUUGUAAAAAUGUUAGAUAAUUCUACCAUGGGACUGUUAAUGAUAUCAAACCCAGUGUUCGAAUGUUAUGCAUUUUACAGUAGUAUUCUUAUUUUAAAAAUGAUUAUGAUGUCUUUUCUAACAGUACUUCAGCGUUUUAGAAAAAAAAUUUUCAUAAGCCCAGAAGAUACUGCCAUCAGCAAAGGAGGCGGGGAAGUUAAAUAUGAUGAUCCUGAUAUCGAAAGAGUAAGAAGGGCACAUUUAAACGACUUGGAAAAUAUACCUAUAUUUUUAAUUACUGGAUUACUUUUAGUAGCCAGCAAACCUCCAGAAAUGGUAGCUAACAAUUUGUUCAGAAUUUAUACAUUUGUAAGAAUAAUGCAUACAAUUGCUUAUGCUGUGUUCAUAUUACCCCAACCUACAAGGGCAAUAUUAUUUAUUGCAGGAGUAGUUAUAAAUAUUAUUAUGAUAACUUAUGUUAUCUUAAGUAUGCAUAAUUUUUAAUUGAUAUACCUGUAAGCAACUUAUUUUGUUUAGUACACAUAAUUAACAAUUUUAAUACAACAUAAAUUAUAUGUUAAAUAUAAUAGGUAAAUAUAUUAUUUUGUAUUUUGUUUUUUGAGGUUUGUGCAAUUUGUACCAAAUAUUAUGUUACUCUCAUUAAGAUUUGAAAAUGCACAUAAAUGCAACUAAUCAUUAAUAUUUUUAUUUUAAUAUAUAUACAAUAAAAUAAAGAAUUGUUUAAAAUAAUUUAUUAUAUACACACAUGUAUCAUAAUCAAAUUAAUAAAUAUUUGUCUAUUAGUAUUUAGUAUUUAUUAUUUAACAUUUUGAAUGAUUGAUUGAUACUUAUCCAUUUAUACGGUUUUAAAAAGAUCUUAAGAUGUAUAAUUUUAUGUAAACUGAUAAUUAUGUAAUUGAAAUUAUUGGAAAUAUAUAUUAAUAUUGUUAGCAAUGGUCAACCCUAUAGGUUAGGCCAGUGGUUUUCAAACUUUUUUUAUACACGGCACACCGUAAACUUCAAAAAAUUUUCACGGCACACUGACCUUUUUUUUAGAUGAACAAAAUUGUUUAUAAUUAUAUAUACAUUUAAUAAGAAAUAUGUGAUUGAUGGGCUAACAAAUAUUUUUAAUUCUUGGACGAAUAGUUGACACAUACCCGCAUUUUCUUAUAUCACAAUUCAGUGCAAUCGAUAAUUUAUGGAGAAACCGCGGCACACUUAGUGCAUACUCGCGGCACACCAGUGUGCCGCGGCACCCAGUUUGAAAACCACUGGGUUAGGCAUUAUCAUAAUGGUUACCACAGAAGACUAUAGCAACUAAAUACAAUGCAUCUGCUUGCAAUCAAACUGAUAAUUAUUUUUCCUUUUUUAAUUAUUAUUAUUUUUUAAAUAUUAAUCACUAUGAUCAAUAAAACUAAAUUUAAACUUCAAAAAAAUCUUUAUUUAUUUAUAUGUUAACACUAUAAUACUAAUAUUAGAUUUUAGCAAACUAUAAAUGUAUUGACUUGACUUCACAAUAACGUGUUCUUUUUGUUUCUCAAGACAUAAGAAAAAAAAAAUACCCUGAUCAUCAACUUUGAGGGAGGUAACUGGUAAAAAAUUAUUGUAAAUUCAAAAGCAGAAAUUUCUCAAU